AUGGCUUCAAAAUUAUUACAAAAUCAAUUCAAAAAAAUACAAUCAGAACCAAUAGAAGGUGUAUUUUUUGAAUUGGUUGAUCAAAAUCUAUUUGAAUGGAAAGCAUAUGUUGAAGGUCCAAAAGAAACAGAUUAUGAUGGAGGAAUAUUUCAAAUAUUAAUGAAAUUCCCUCAGGAUUAUCCAAUGUCACCUCCUACAUUAACAUUUACAUCAGAGUUUUGGCAUCCUAAUGUUUAUUUGGAUGGAAGAGUUUGUAUAUCGAUUUUACAUCCACCAGUAUUGGAAGAUGAGACAAGUGGGGAGUUACCAGAGGAAAGAUGGUUGCCUACUCAGACAGUAACAACUAUUCUACUAAGUGUAAUAUCAUUAUUGAGUGCACCAAAUACUUCGUCACCGGCCAAUGUAGAUGCAUCGGUUGAAUGGCGAAACGAAAAAGAUGCAUACAAGAAACGUAUAAAGACGCUAAUUGCAAAAGCCAAUCUCAAGGUACCCCAACAUGUUGUCAUUCCACAUCCAGACUCUGAUCCAGUAGAAAGAGCCAAACAAGUGGAAAAGAUGAAGUUGUUGAAUAAGCCAAUGGACUUUUAUGACGAUUACGAUGAUGCUGCAUACGACGACGAUGACCACAACGAUGAUUAUGACUACGAUGAUGAAGAUAAUCAUGAUUAUGAAGAUGAUGAAGAUUAUGAUGAUAAUGUUGAUAAUGAUGAUGAUUAA